GGCCCCUCACGAGCGGGCGGGCGUGCGGGCGGGCGGCCGCGGCCAUGGAGCCCCGCAGCAUGGAGUACUUCAGCGCCCAGGUGCAGCAGAAGGACGUCGGCGGCCGCCUGCAGGUCGGCCAGGAACUGCUGCUCUACCUCGGCGCGCCCGGCGCCAUCCCGGAUCUGGAGGAGGACCUGGCCCGUCUGAGCAAGACGGUCGACGCUCUCACCGGCUGGGUGGGCUCGAGCAACUACCGGGUGUCAUUAAUGGGAUUGGAAAUUUUAAGUGCCUUUGUGGACAGAUUAUCAACACGAUUUAAGUCCUAUGUAGCAAUGGUUAUUGUAGCUUUAGUAGACAGAAUGGGAGAUGCCAAAGACAAGGUUCGAGAUGAAGCUCAGACUCUGAUACUGAAGUUAAUGGAUCAAGUAGCACCACCUAUGUACAUUUGGGAACAGUUGGCUUCUGGUUUUAAGCACAAGAAUUUUCGAUCUCGAGAAGGCGUGUGUCUGUGUCUUAUUGAAACAUUAAACAUUUUUGGGGCUCAACCACUAGUCCUCAGCAAGUUGGUACCACAUUUGUGUAUCCUGUUUGGAGAUUCCAACAGUCAGGUUAGAGAUGCUGCAAUAUUGGCUAUGGUGGAGAUUUAUAGACAUGUGGGAGAGAAAGUGAGAGUGGACCUUUAUAAGAGAGGAAUUCCCCCUGCUAGAUUAGAAAUGAUACUUGCCAAAUUUGAUGAAGUGCAAAAUUCCGGCGGUAUGAUUUUGAGUGCCUGCAAAGAUAAAAGCUUUGAUGAUGAAGAAUCAGUGGAUGGAAAUAGGCCAUCAUCAGCUGCUUCGGCCUUCAAGGUUCCUGCACCUAAAACAUCCGGAAAUCCUGUCAACAGUGCAAGGAAGCCUGGUUCAGCAGGUGGCCCUAAGGUUGGAGGUGCUUCUAAGGAAGGAGGUGCCGGAGCAGUUGAUGAAGAUGAUUUUAUAAAAGCUUUUACAGAUGUCCCUUCUGUUCAGAUCUAUUCUAGUCGAGAACUUGAAGAAACAUUAAAUAAAAUCAGGGAAAUUUUGUCAGAUGACAAACAUGACUGGGAUCAGCGUGCCAAUGCACUAAAGAAAAUUCGAUCAUUGCUUGUUGCUGGAGCUGCACAAUAUGAUUGCUUUUUCCAGCAUUUACGCUUGUUGGAUGGAGCACUUAAACUUUCAGCUAAGGAUCUUAGAUCCCAAGUGGUUAGAGAAGCUUGCAUUACUGUAGCCCAUCUUUCGACAGUUUUGGGAAACAAGUUUGAUCAUGGCGCUGAAGCCAUUGUACCUACGCUUUUUAAUCUUGUCCCCAAUAGUGCAAAAGUCAUGGCGACUUCUGGAUGUGCAGCAAUCAGAUUCAUAAUUCGGCAUACUCAUGUACCCAGACUUAUACCUUUAAUAACAAGCAAUUGCACAUCGAAAUCAGUUCCUGUAAGGAGGCGUUCAUUUGAAUUUUUAGAUUUAUUGUUACAGGAGUGGCAGACUCACUCAUUGGAAAGGCAUGCAGCUGUCUUGGUUGAAACUAUUAAAAAGGGAAUUCAUGAUGCUGAUGCUGAGGCCAGAGUGGAGGCAAGAAAGACAUAUAUGGGCCUUAGAAACCACUUCCCUGGUGAAGCUGAAACACUGUAUAAUUCCCUCGAGCCGUCAUAUCAGAAGAGUCUUCAGACUUACUUAAAGAGUUCUGGCAGUGUAGCAUCUCUUCCACAAUCAGACAGAUCCUCAUCUAGCUCCCAAGAAAGCCUCAAUCGCCCUUUUUCUGCAAAAUGGUCUACAGCAAACCCAUCUGCUGUGGCUGGAAGAGUAUCAGCAAGCAGCAGCAAAGCCAGUUCUCUUCCUGGAAGCCUGCAGCGUUCACGAAGUGACAUCGAUGUGAAUGCUGCUGCCGGCGCCAAGGCACAUCACGCUGCUGGACAGGCUGUGCGAAGUGGGCGGCUAGGUGCAGGGGCCCUGAAUCCAGGUUCCUAUGCAUCACUAGGCCGGGUGAGAGCAAAGCUUUCAGCACCACUUGCUAGUAUGGGAAAUGCCAAGACAGAUUCCCGAGGAAGAAGUCGAACAAAGAUGGUGUCUCAGUCACAGCCUGGCAGCCGGUCUGGGUCCCCAGGAAGAGUUCUGACCACAACAGCCCUCUCCACGGUGAGCUCUGGUGUUCAGAGAGUCCUGGUUAACUCCGCCUCCGCGCAGAAGAGAAGCAAGAUACCCCGGAGCCAGGGCUGCAGCAGAGAGGCCAGUCCGUCCCGACUCUCAGUGGCCCGAAGCAGUCGGAUUCCUCGGCCAAGCGUGAGUCAAGGGUGCAGCCGGGAAGCCAGCCGGGAGAGCAGCAGGGAUACGAGUCCUGUGCGCUCUUUCCAGCCCCUUGCCUCCAGACACCACUCCAGAUCUACUGGUGCCCUCUACGCCCCCGAUGUGUAUGGGGUCUCAGGUCCGGGGUAUGGGAUCAGCCAAUCAAGCCGACUGUCAUCCUCGGUCAGUGCCAUGCGAGUCCUGAACACAGGUUCCGACGUGGAGGAGGCAGUGGCAGAUGCCUUGAAAAAACCUGCUCGAAGAAGAUACGAAUCAUAUGGGAUGCAUUCAGAUGAUGAUGCCAACAGUGAUGCAUCCAGUGCUUGUUCAGAACGCUCCUACAGCUCUCGGAAUGGUAGUAUUCCUACAUACAUGAGGCAGACAGAAGAUGUGGCAGAAGUCCUCAACAGAUGUGCUAGUUCCAACUGGUCAGAAAGGAAAGAAGGCCUCCUGGGUCUGCAAAACUUACUAAAAAAUCAGAGAACGCUAAGUCGAGUUGAACUGAAAAGAUUAUGUGAAAUUUUCACAAGAAUGUUUGCUGAUCCUCAUGGCAAGGUAUUCAGCAUGUUUUUGGAGACUCUAGUGGACUUCAUACAAGUCCACAAAGACGAUCUUCAGGAUUGGUUGUUUGUACUGCUGACGCAACUACUUAAAAAAAUGGGUGCUGAUUUGCUUGGGUCUGUUCAAGCAAAAGUUCAGAAAGCCCUGGAUGUUACAAGAGAAUCUUUUCCAAAUGAUCUUCAGUUCAAUAUUCUAAUGAGAUUUACAGUUGAUCAGACCCAAACACCAAGCUUGAAGACAGUCAAGCCAGCACUUCGGGACCAGCUUCACUCUUUUUGGAGCUCCAAGGUGAAGGUUGCUAUCCUCAAAUACAUAGAAACUCUGGCCAAACAGAUGGAUCCAGGAGAUUUUGUAAAUUCCAGUGAAACUCGCCUGGCAGUGUCUCGGGUCAUCACUUGGACAACAGAACCCAAAAGUUCUGAUGUUCGGAAGGCAGCGCAGUCAGUCCUGAUUUCCUUAUUUGAACUCAAUACCCCAGAGUUUACAAUGUUAUUAGGAGCUUUACCAAAAACUUUUCAGGAUGGUGCUACCAAACUUCUUCAUAAUCACCUUCGAAACACUGGCAAUGGAACACAGGGUUCCAUGGGAAGUCCUUUGACAAGACCAACACCACGGUCACCAGCCAACUGGUCCAGUCCUCUUACUUCUCCUACCAAUACAUCACAGAAUACUUUAUCUCCAAGUGCUUUUGAUUAUGACACAGAAAAUAUGAACUCUGAAGAUAUUUAUAGCUCUCUUAGAGGUGUCACUGAAGCAAUUCAGAAUUUCAGCUUCCGUAGUCAAGAAGAUAUGAAUGAACCAUUGAAAAGAGAUUCUAAAAAAGAUGAUGGCGAUUCAAUGUGUGGUGGUCCUGGGAUGUCUGACCCAAGAGCAGGAGGUGAUGCUACUGACUCAAGCCAAACAGCCCUUGAUAAUAAGGCUUCACUGCUCCACUCGAUGCCUGCGCACUCCUCUCCACGCUCCCGAGACUAUAAUCCGUAUAACUAUUCAGAUAGCAUCAGUCCCUUCAACAAGUCUGCCCUCAAGGAGGCCAUGUUUGAUGAUGAUGCUGACCAGUUUCCUGAUGAUCUUUCCCUAGACCAUUCUGACCUGGUUGCAGAGUUGUUGAAGGAGUUGUCUAACCAUAAUGAACGGGUAGAAGAAAGAAAAAUCGCCCUGUAUGAACUCAUGAAACUGACACAGGAAGAAUCUUUCAGUGUUUGGGAUGAACACUUCAAAACAAUAUUACUUUUAUUGCUUGAAACCCUUGGGGAUAAAGAGCCUACAAUCAGGGCUUUGGCAUUGAAAGUUUUAAGAGAAAUCCUAAGGCAUCAACCAGCAAGAUUUAAAAACUACGCAGAAUUGACUGUCAUGAAAACACUGGAAGCACAUAAAGACCCUCAUAAGGAGGUGGUGAGAUCUGCUGAGGAGGCCGCAUCAGUGUUGGCCACAUCUAUCAGCCCGGAACAGUGCAUCAAAGUGCUGUGUCCCAUCAUCCAGACUGCAGACUACCCCAUCAACCUGGCUGCCAUCAAAAUGCAAACAAAAGUGAUCGAGAGAGUGUCCAAGGAAACCCUUAACCUGCUUUUGCCAGAGAUCAUGCCAGGCCUAAUACAGGGUUACGAUAAUUCGGAGAGCAGUGUUCGGAAAGCUUGUGUCUUCUGCCUGGUGGCUGUUCAUGCAGUAAUUGGUGAUGAACUAAAACCACAUCUCAGUCAGCUCACUGGCAGUAAAAUGAAGCUACUGAAUCUUUACAUCAAACGUGCACAGACAGGUUCUGGAGGAGUUGACCCCACUACUGAUGUUUCCGGACAAAGUUAGUGAAGCUGACAGAAGUAAACCAGGUCUCUCAGAGAAAGGACAGACAGACCACCCUCAUCAGUGAAAGGAAAUUUUCAAAUACAGCUUUUGAAACUUACCAUUGUUUCCCAGUUUUAGUUUUUGUUUUGUUUUGUAUUUUCUGUAACAGAGGACUAUCCUAAGUCUGCAUGUAACUUUUACAAUAGUUAUUCCAAAUUCAAGAAGAAGCAGUAUUAACAUCAGUUGAUCAAUACAAAGUAAUUUUUAAUCUAAUUCAUCAUUUCACAUGUUUGUACUUCUUUGUCUUCCCAUUAACCUUUGCCAGUGUUACGACUGUAUAAAUUUUUUUUUUUUAAUGCUGGUUAAACAGGAAUGCUUAAAGCUUUAAAGUUUAACAGUCUAAAACAUUUUUUUUUUUGGCCUUUAUUCAAAUGCAGAAUAAUAUUUUUAUUGCUACUUUUGAGUUUUGUUCCGUAUCAUGUCCUAUGCUAGAAAUACUGAAAUGAUGUGAAACAAAGCAGGACUAAUUUGAACUCCAGCUGGACUCUGUUGGUGUAAUGGUGAUACAUGUCAUUAGUUGCAACUUCUUUGGGGUGAUCUGUAGUUUAAAACUAAGACCUCAAAGAAACGUUACAGAACCAGCCAGUUCUGUAAAGCUGGUAUCGUUCGUUGGUUGUUGACCUUGCCACAUUUAUUUAAAACCAUGUCCCCUCUCUGAUCCCUUAAGAAAGCUGCACCAAAUCAUCAGCCUGUGUUUUUCUUGUUACUUAUUCAAGUAGAAGGUUUCAUUGCAGGGUUUUUUGGUUUGUUUAUCUUGGUUGUGAAUGAUGCUUUUUUUAUUUAUUAAUAUCAAAUUCACUUAUGAAUAAACUUGAUAAUGGAAACAGACAAAAAGAAAGCAAGUGCAUGUGUGUCCUUGACCGUCUUCUGUUUCUCAUUUAAUGAAACAAACUUGCGACCAGCACCUUUUCUUUAUAUGGUGGAACCUGGUUUCCUUUUGCCAUGAAAUUGUCUUACUUGAAAACAUUGAUCCUGAUGGGAGAGAAGAUGGUGCCAAGGCUAUUAUUAUCUUCAUGUAAUGGGCUCAAAUUCUCUACCUCUUCAGGGCUAAUACUUUUAACUGAGCUGCUGCCUAUAUAGCAUCUUUUGGAAAACUACUAAAAGGGUGAUCUUCUGUUACUUUUUAACAAAUUUUCUAAUCACCUUUUGCUACACCUCUUAUUUUCAUGUGCAGCCAACUUUCAAAAAUUACUGGUUUUGGUGAAAGGCAGAUUAGAUCUUAUGGAACCAGGAUACUAAUGAUUUCUUACCUUGACUUUUUUUUUUAAAAUCUUAACAUAAAGUGAAUUUGACUGGAAAGGCAAAUGGCUAUUAGGGAAGCAAUUUGCUAUUGUUAACAGAGUUAUCUGUACUUUCUUUGUUUAAUUGAAAAAAAAUGUAGAAAUGUAUGUAAAGAAUUUAAGACAAGAGUACUGAAUGGAUGAUUUGUCAUAGGCUUUUACCUUCCUUUGUUUUUGUUCUAGCAGCAGGAAAAUAGUUUCUCUACAUCACCCCCCCCCCCUUACCUGUAACAAUUUUGUUUUCUAUUGUUAAUUACAUUGUGUAUUUAUAGUUUUAUGCUUACUGUUGUGCAUAUACUGGCAAUAAAACUGUACAUAACAUUACUUGAAAAAAUUAA